AUGUCGAACCGGUAUUCAAGAUCCGAAAAAGGAAAAUGGGUGUCUGAGGCAUCUAGAACCCCAACACGGAAACCCUCUUCGCAAGGUAGAAGAGCCCCAAUUCUACUCCCGUCAAGUGACAACUCGGAACUCAUCGAAGACAACAAGCUCACUCUCUUAGGUCGGGUCACCAAACCAUCGAUCCAAAAACCUCAGUGGGUCCUGGAAUGGCUAAUCCAAUUCUGGAACCUCGAAACCGCUGUCACAGGAAGAACUCUAGGACCAGACUUGUUUCAAGUCAAAUUCGAGACAGAGGAUGCCUUAUUAUCUGUAAUGCGGCGAGCACCUUUCCACUACAAAAGGUGGAUGAUCAUCCUACAACGAUGGGAGCCAAUCGUCUCAAACUCCUUCCCCAGGCGUACUCCAUUCUGGAUUAAUAUUCACGGCCUGCCCCUCCACUUCUGGACCUUCCAGAUACUAGAAACUAUUGGAAAAGCGCUUGGUGUCCACAUGGAUGAGGACAUUCCCCAAGGCAGAGUUCGUGUGGAUAUUGAUUGUCUAAAAAACCUGGAGAUGCAACUUCCGGUCCAACUUCAAUCUGGUGAAGUCUUCAAUGUGGACUUGGAGUACGAAAAUCUGCAGAAACACUGUUUCUACUGCUACUCUCUCUUCCAUGAGGAGGAUGACUGCCCUAGUAAACCAGUCUCGACAAGAACAUCUACCCACGAGUUGGGAAUAAGCCAGCAGAAUACACUGAGGAGUCUAGAGGAUCACCGAAGACGUCAGGACUCCCGACGAGCUCCGACAAGCCAAAUGAGGAACUCGGGUUCCCUUCCUAGAGAUGAUCACGCGGUAUCUCAAAGAUCAACUACCUCUCGACCAAGUUAUCCGGAAAGAAGACCUUACCAUGACUAUGCGCGACACCAAUCAUCUUAUGAUCCAAGAGCUGUAGGGAGAGCCCAGGACAGGAGGCCUACAUUUGAGAGAAGAGAGCUAAGAGACCAUUCCUCCACCCACUCUUCGAGAGAAUACCACCUUCAUGGGGAUCGUCCUCAAUAUUCUCAGUCCUCAAGGACCCCUCCCCCGAAUCCAGCCAGGGAGCCUAUGGAACUACCGGUUAUUCCGGAACGUGGUGAGAUUAUCAGCCACUCCUCAGAGAGAAGAUCAGCGCUGGAGAGAAUUGAGCGCCCCCAUCAAGAACCCCUGAGGUCUGGUGGCCUCUCAACCUCACUGAUAGCACGGCUGCAAGAUGUUGAGGUCAACUAUGAGCAAGGAGACCUCCGUAAUAAACUUAAUGAAGGGAGUGCGGGUAGCAAACAGAACCAGUCACCGGCUAGGGAUCACCCUGUGUCUGGUCAGAGAGUCCCUGCUACACUGCGAAUUGGCUCUCCUGUAGGCACUAAAACCAAAACUAAUCAAGCAUCCUCAAGUAAAAAGAAAGCUACAAGCAAAGCAUCGACAAAGAAAGGAACCACUGCUAUUCCAGCAGCUCAAGGGAAGAGAGUAACCAGAGCAAAAGUGAAUAGAAGCCCUCGCCAAAGUACGCGCCUUUCGAAACAGAUGACAGCUCGCUCCACUAAUCCGCCCCGCAAGAAACUAUGUGUGGAAAGGAGUGGAAAUGAAGACUUACCUGGUCCUCAGGCGCAAGACCCACCAGCACUGGUGCAUGUCCCAGCAACAAGGAAGCGAAGGGCGGUUUUUCGGCCCCCGCAAAACCCGAUUCCUUAG